AUGCUCCAGAAGUGUUGCAUUUCCAAUUUUUGCACCUUCAAUGAGCUUCAAGCCCACUACAACGUCCUCUCCUCCUUCAAUCUCACCUGGUCUGACCUCGAUUCCCACUUCACCUCCAUCCAAGACUCCCUUAACCAAAAACUCCAGCUCCUCCAAACCCUCGAGUCCCAAUCCUCAAAUCCUUCUUCUUCUAUACCCCAAGACCCCUAUUCAUCAAACCCUCCAUCUCAGAAACCACAAGACCCUUCUUCUUUUUCAUAUCAGAUACCAAAGGACCCGUCUUCUUCGUCGAAUUUACCGACCCAGAUAGCAAAAGACCCGUCUUUGUCAUUGUUGACAUUGGCCCAGAUAACAGAAGACACCAAAACACCAACCCAAAUAACAAAGGACCCACCUUCUUCAUCAAUUUCGUCGACCCAGAUGGUAAAGGACCCUUCUUCAUCAAACCCUCCGACCCGGAACACGGUUGAGCUUGGUACGAGUCUUCAGUCGAAUUCAGUUCCUCCUCGGCCAGAGUUGGUGGCAUUUUGUGAGCGAAUGGAUGCAAUGGGGUUGAGAAAGUAUAUGAAUGAGACCUUGGAUAACCGAAAUACCAUCUGGGCCACGCUUCUGGGAGCUAUACAGUACCCCAAGGUCUGUGGGAAUGAGGGAGAAGAAAUCGAAGGGGGGAAAAUUAGACGGUUGGAUCAAAUGAGCGAUUAA